AGUGAUCCUAGCUUGUCAGAACCAUGGUCAGAACGCUGAGAGGCAGUGAACAGCAGAGGUCUAACGUUAGCUCAGCUACUCACUAGGACAGGAAGACAUUGAACUGAGAAGACGUUUUGCUGGGAACAUUUCUGCAAGCAAAUGUUAACUUUCGGAUAAUACAGUUUGCUAGACUGUCUAGCAGUUUCGGGGGCUAGCUUUCUGUUUACCAAGUGGUGUUCUGCGGUGGAAAGAGCAAAAAAUGUCGUCUCCAAGUCCGGGUAAAAGGCGAAUGGAUACCGAUGUGGUGAAACUCAUUGAGAGCAAGCACGAAGUCACCAUCCUCAGCGGACUCAAUGAAUUUGUAGUGAAGUUUUUCGGACCACAAGGAACACCGUAUGAGGGAGGCGUGUGGAAGGUGCGAGUAGAUCUUCCUGACAAAUACCCGUUCAAAUCGCCAUCAAUAGGAUUCAUGAACAAGAUUUUUCAUCCCAACAUUGACGAAGCGUCAGGGACAGUGUGCUUAGAUGUCAUCAACCAGACAUGGACAGCCCUUUAUGAUCUGACCAACAUAUUUGAGUCGUUCCUGCCGCAGCUGCUGGCUUACCCGAACCCCAUCGACCCCCUGAAUGGAGAUGCAGCUGCCAUGUACCUUCACCGGCCAGAGGAGUACAAGCAGAAAAUCAAAGAGUACAUUCAGAAAUAUGCAACAGAGGAAGCUCUGAAGGAGCAAGAAGAGGGGGCAGGUGACUCUUCAUCCGAAAGCUCCAUGUCUGACUUCUCAGAAGACGAGGCCCAGGACAUGGAGUUGUAGUGAUAGGAGGGCUCCCCCAUCCCGCCCCCCUCCUUUAACCCCCCACAGAGACUAUAUUUGAUUUCCUAACCAUGAGAAAAAGCAGACUUAUAAUAUUCAUAUUUAAACAAGUUGAUUUUUUUUUAUUAUUAUUAUUACUACUAAACAAGGAUUUUUAUGGAUAUCUAGCCUUUUGGUGUGUUUGACACCCCUUCCAUUCUGUAGCUGUUUCUCCCUACAAAGACGUUGCGAUUGCUCUCACAUUCUCCUCCCUCUGUCAUCGCCGCAGUUUGAAGGUGCGUCAUGAAAUCUUAGGCAGGGAAAUCUCCUCCUGCAAACAAAUGUCAAAGUUCUCCUUUUUUAAAGUUACAGUUUUCCAGUGAGGCCUGAAUCUCAGCUUGUCUUUCUUUUUCCACUAUGCUAACUGAUUCUGACCAACAUGUGCUCAAUCCUCCACAACCGACAGAUCUGCUGAGAGUGCACAGCUCUAGGAUAUCAUCCAGUAGGGUAGAAUGUAUUUUUAAAAGCGCACAAUCACACGAGGUGUAUUUGCACACUUGAAGAAACAAAAACAUGCACCCUGAAAUCAAACCCUGAAUGUUUCCUAUGCAGAUCUUUUUCAUUACAUUGAUGGAGACAUGUCAGCUGAAAAUCUGCCUUUAUUUUGGAUGCUACUUGGACAUGUUACUUAAGUUAUUGUUACUCUUUUUGACCUGCUGCAGCCGCCUGUUGACAUGUGUAGCUGUGCAGUGCAAAAACUUCUUAAACAUAGGGUCAUGUCUUUGGAAACAAACGGCUGAAAUGCCUGUCUCAUUACAGGACACGCUAUGCCGUGGGGACAGACAUGAUGGGUGCUUUUGAUGAUGAUUGAAACGUACACUUCUUGUGUGUGUGUGGAGAUUCUGGUCAGAUUCAAGUGGUAUAAUGGAAACUGAAAACAGACUGCCCUUUAACCAUCUGACCACAUGUGUUUUAAACUUGAAGAAGUUUGCUUUAGUUUCCCCAUCAGGAUGCACUUGAGCAACAAACAUUCUCAUUGUGCAUCUUGCAUUGUUUUGUAUUUUAAAACAAAUCUCCUUUAAUAUUAUUGCUUGAGACCAACUUCCAAGGCAAAGAGUCACCUUUUGAGGUCAUGUAAGAAAACCAGCAACAAAUUUAGGUUAGAUUUUAGUAAAAAGCAACAAAAAUGGUCACAUGGUUAUUGAGUAGAUUCAGGUUUGUGUCGUAUUGGUUCUCCUCACAUUCCACAUUCUGUUAGCUCUGAUUCAUUCAUCCUGUGAUAUGUACCCCAACUGCAUCACCUGGUCCCAAACUUUAUGAUGUGGUCAUGAGUUGGAAGAGGAUUCCAAAAUAAGAGCCCAAUGUAUGACAAUUAGGCUUGUGGUAUUUUUUUGUUGUUGAGUGGAGUUAAUUGAACUUUAAAUUCAUGUGUACAGACUCGAUUCUUAUCCGAAACAACAACUCUCAAUUUGUUUGGAACGAGAAUGCAAUCGCAGCUUUGAUUUCUGGCUGUUUUUCCCUUCUUUUAUUUCUUGUACAUUUUUUGCCCGAUGGGGGGGUCAACACGUUUGGAUUUUUUUUUCUUUUUUAUGUACAGUAUCUACCUUGUACAGUGCUAAGACACCUCUCUGUAGCCUCAUGAAAAACUCAACCCCCGAAAACACUGGCCGAGUGUUGCUUUGUCGAGGCUGAAGUUGCAGUCAAACUACCUAGAAAACCUUGAAAUGUAUUCACUUCAUAGAUUGCAGUAAGAAUCACUGGUUGCUUUUGGUGGGCAGAUUGUGGAUUGUACCUGGGAGGUUCUCCUUUUAUCACCGCUGAUUUUAACUCCCCCUUCUGUGCCUCAUCACAAAACGACUGUGACCAUUGGAGAAGUCCCCUGAAACCACGUUUCCCAAAAUGCCAUGAUGCUCAGACGAAACUAGAAAAGCACAUUGCUCUCACUCAUCCUCCUUUAACUCCUCUCUUCCUGCUAUUUGAUCCUCACCCAGGGCUGAGCAGCAUUUCAAUGAGAUAAUGCAGGAUUGUUAGACGUUCACGGCUCAGGUUUGGUUGUAUCUUGUAUCGUGAUGAACAUUUUUACCCGGGACAUACUGAAAGGCUGAAAAUCAUGCUACUAUUUGUUAACCGGUGCUUUAGACAUGACAGGAUAGUAUGUUUUUCUGGGUGUUGACUUCCACUUAUCAUAUGCUACUUUAUAUGGCUGUGUUACAGAUAGUGUAGCUAGUUUGGUACCUGAUAAAGCAUUCAUUGCUCAUCUGACUCUUUAGUUAGUGUCUGUUGUGUGGUUUAAGUGUAAGAUACUCCAUGGACAUGCCUGCUUGUCGUCUUCUUCUUGCAGAUUUAGAAUUGUACAGAUGAGUGUGAGGGAUUUAGAACGAGGGUGUUGUUUGAGAUGUAGUGAGCCUGAUGGAUCUAACUGUACAGAAAACAGAAGUGUGGUUUAAAGCCCUUUACUAAAGAAUGGAUUUAACCCAACCCUUAAUAUAAAUAUCAAACCCACCUCCUUCAUUUGUUUUAAUUCCAGUAUUUAUCUGCAGAGUUUGACUGUUUAAAGCUAGGGGAUUAUAAUCCUCAUCAUCCAGCCUAGGUAAAGUUUUCAAUGUUAGCUCGGGGUUGCCAUUCAGCAGGACGCAGCAAUUUUAACUGGUGCAGAGCUAACUUGUGGUAUUCAAUAUAUUGAAGGCAGUAUAAAGCAUUGUGAAUGUUUCACCUGAGUGUGUGUGUGUGAGCCAAAUUAACUCAAACAGAACAAACCUGCUAAUUCUGCACACAUCCCCACCUUCAUAUUUGGUUCUUCUCCUCCCUCAGCUGCCUGAAAGUGUGUAUUUAUUCUUAAAGAGAACUCCUUCUUUGGUUUUAAUCCCCGUCAUCAGGCUGCACUGUCAUGGUUCAGCUCAAACAUCACACUGAUGACGAUUUGAUAUUGAGUUUUUGUUUUAAACAUUCAGAUUGGAGAUCCUGUUUUACUUUACAUUUGUGCAGUACUGUACCUGAGUGCUGAAACACAGUAUAUCCUUGUUAAGAACUGUAAUAAAAAUAGCACAUUAUGAUAAAGUGGUGCGACAAGGAUCAGUGAUAUUUUUGUCUCAAGACUCUGAGGUUUGGUUUUCAACAUUAUUUGCAAUCUGACGGGCAAUAAAUUGAUUUAAUGCCAAUCCCUGUCAA